GGUCGGAGAAUGACGUAAGACGAUCUACCGGCGAAAUUCAGUUGGUGACAAUUUUUUCGGAGCUCACACAUUUCCUGGUCGCGGUUUGAAAUUUGCCGCCGACAGCACGGGCGCAGCGACCAUCGAAGAUGGCGGCGGUAAGAGCGCGUUGUCGGAGGGCGUUGCGCGCGCCAAGCCCGCCUGAACUCUCAAACGUACUUUUACAUUCGCACUGGUUGGUCGUGUGUUGCCGGAGCAGGUGGAUUACGUUCUUCUGGGGAAAGCGGCGGCCCGUGCAGGAACGUCAAUCACCGGGCAGCGCAUAAUAAUUGGCCGGUGUUUCUAACAGUCGGUAGCAACUAAAGGCCGACAGCAUGAGGAACUCGACGUUACUGAAAUGGGCGCAGAAUUCGGCGAACAAUAAAAAUCAGCCGAGCAAAAACGGAGGAACGAGUAGGAACUGGAUACACCCACCGGACGCGCUCCAAAAAGGACACAUCGCCUACCUAGUCAAGUAUUUGGGCAGCACAGAGGUGGAUCAGCCCAAAGGCAUCGAUGUCGUCAAGGAGGCGAUCUGCAAGCUGAAGUUCAAUCAGCAGCUCAAGAAGAGCGAGGGCACGAAAACUCCGAAGGUGGAGCUCACUAUAAGCAUCGAUGGCGUGGCGAUACAAGAACCAAAAACGAAAACAACGCCCAAGCGGAUCAUGCAUCAGUAUCCACUGCACAGAAUCUCGUAUUGUGCCGACGACAAAGGGGAGAAGAAGUUUUUCAGUUUCAUCGCGAAAGAGGAGGACGCGGAGAGGCACACGUGCUUCGUCUUUGUCAGCGACAAAUUAGCCGAGGAGAUUACGCUCACCAUCGGCCAGGCGUUCGAUUUGGCGUACAGGCGGUUCCUGGAGACGUCCGGCAAGGACCUGGAGACGCAACGACGCUGCAUGGUGUUGCAGCAAAAGAUCAAACGACUGGAGCACGAGAACAACGUUUAUCGGCAACGGCUGCAGGACAUCGCGGCUAUCAAAGGCUCGGCGGACGUGUCGACGUAUCUGUCGCAGCACAAUCUGCCGGAUAUACUUCACGUACCCGGGGCGCCGACGGACUCACCACAAAUUAACGGCACGGCUACCAAGCCGUUGUUGAACACGAGCAGCGACAGCAACGGAAACACUUCCAACGGACCUCAGCAACCGCCGCCUGUUCCGCCAAGGAGUUUCGAGAAGAGCUUCGACGACGAUUUCAUGGGGAAUGAGCCGACGCCGAUGCCGUCGGUCGGCACGAAAUUGGAAGGGCUGUUGAUGGACGAGUUUGAGGAAGACUUCAAUCCUAGGGCUUACGAGACUGCGGCCAACGGCCUUGCCAAUCACCAGUCGAACAACAAUCCGCUCCUAAACGGUCAGGUGUGCUCGGGAACCAAUUUCUUCUCGCAGUCCAACGGCACGACCAGUCCUCCGCCUUUAUUGGCGCCACCACCAAAGACGAAAGACUCGAGACGUCAGAACGGAGUCAAGGAGGAUCUGUUCGGUAGCAUUCCAUUCAAUCCCACGCCGGCUUUGAAUAUCAAGAAUGACUUCAAGGAUCCGUUCGAGAUGGGGGAAUUCGGUGCGUCGACCGUGAUGUCUAAUCCCAGUCAGCAGGAACUGGAAAACGCUAUCGGCCUGUUGGAUAAGAGGCUGCUGGAGAUGAAGGACGGUUUCAGCAGAGGGUUGUGCAUCGGAACCGAUGACUUCUCAUUGGAAAGCUUGGACCCGCUACGAAACUAAUACGCUCGUCGAUCAAAGGGCGGAGGGAACAUACCAGAACGGUAUUCCGCGUUGCGGAGUAACGAGUGACCAACUAACUAACGGAUAGAGCAAUUAGAAAUUAUGUCCGUGUAAAA